CUCAGUUGGGGGAGGCAGCAAUACAAUAACCAUUACUAAACCACUUCUGGUUCGAUUUAAUGCAUCUUUAGUUUUUGCACCCUGAAGACUAAGAUUGGGUUGUCUUAUCAGCGGAUUGCUGGAAAUGGCUGAGCCAAUACAGCAGCUAACAAGCCACAACAAUACAGAAGAAAAACAGAGGGUCCCUUUCUUAGUGCUGAGUCGUAAAGAAAAGUGUGGGGAAGUGCUGUACGAAAAACGACAAUAUGGUCAAGCAAAGUGGGCUUGUAUUAAAAUGCAAGAAGAGCAAUACGAACAGAGCAUAUGCUUGGGCUUCAUGAAGCUUAUGAGAUAUAUCUGUGAACAAAACUCUUCAGGCUUGUAUCUUGGGAUGACCAUCCCAAUUCUAACAGUGGUGCACACAGAUGAAUCUCAGUCGGAACUUACUCGCUCGGUCACUGUGGCUUAUUAUAUCCCAACCCAUCUGCAGGGGCACCCACCUCAGCCAACAGACCAAGACAUAAUCAUUGAAGAAUGGCCUCCCACUGUGGUCUUCACUAGGUCUUUUGGUGGAGCAACCAAUGAAGAAUCCAUAAUGCGUGAAAUUCAUUUACUGGCAGAGCUCUUGGAAUCUCCAGAGCUGUGUCUGCAAGACACGUUCAUUGUGGCUGGAUAUACAAAUCCAGCUGCAGCCAACAGACAGAAUGAAAUCUGGUUCCUACAGAGACCAUGAAAUCAGAGAAGACAGAGCAAAUUCAUUGUCGUCAGCAACAUGCCAAAAGGACAGUGAACCAUAGAAACACAUUGCACAUUAUACCUGCACUCAGAGACAAUCAAUGGAAUAACACUUACCGUAACAUUCUUUUAUGUCAAACGUUUGCUGCACUUUUGGGAACAGAGUGUACCAUAUACACAAUGAAUGAUAUAAUAUGUUCCUUUGCUAGAUGUUCCUAUGAGUGUUUAUUAGAUAUGAUAUAGUUUUAACCAAUGCCUACAUACAUACAAAUUGUUUUCAUGAUUCUCAAAAUACUUAGUGCCUUCAAAUGUAGACCAAAGACAGCAAAGUGCUUCAGCACACACAUUUUUCUCCCCAGAAACUACGGUUGUCACCUUUUCUGGAAAAAAAUACCUAUAUAUUUAUCUUUUUUUCCUAUUAAUAACAUUGGGAUCAACCAUCAUUUUUACCGGCCAGAUGGCAACCCUAAUAACAACUUAGAUAUGUUAGCCAACAGAACAGGUAAUCUGGGCCCAAAACAUCAGCUAUUAACACAUUACUUUUGUUUCAUCUUUGUCUUCUUUUGCAUAGUUGCGCGCUGAGUCUGCUGAGAAGCCAACUACUACACAUACUGCAGUGAGCAUGCAUGUGUGUAUGGGUUAAAUAAAAAGUAUUGUUUAUUAACUUCUGAGAGUACCAGGUAUAAAGGAUUAUAUUUUUAUAAUACACAAAAGCUAUGAAUAUCUUGUAAAUUAUAUCCUUAUAAACGGUGAGUUCUGAUGUCAUUAGUUAUAAAUGGUGAGUUCUGAUGUCAUUUCUUGCAGGCCUUCGGCCUCGUGUUUUUAUAUGGUCAUGAAACUCCUCUGUAACUUAUAAUAUUCUUAUAUUUUACAAGAGGGGGUACUUUAUUCACUAUAUAAAACACAAAAGCUUUGAAUAUCUAGUAAAUUAUAUCCUUAUAAACGGUAAGUUCUGAUUUCAUCAGUUAUAAAUGGUAGUAUACUUCAUUAAGUGGCAAGGGGUUUGUUCAUAUUUGGGUUAACUUUUAGUAUGACGCAGACAGUGAUAUUCUGUGACAAUUUGCAGUUGGUUUUAAUUUUUUAUUAUUUGUGGUUUUUGAGUUACUUAGCUUUUUAUUCAGCAGCUCUCCAGCUUGCAGUUUCAGCAAUCUGGUUGCUAGGGUCCAAAUUAUCCUAGCAACCAUGCAUUGAUUUGAAUAAGAGACUGGGAUAUUAAUAGGAGAGGCAUGAAUAGAAAGAUGAGUAAUAAAAAGUAGCAAUAACAAUACAUUUGUAGUUUUACAGAACAUUUGUUUUUUUAGAUGGUGUCAGUGACCCCCAUUUGGAAGCUGGAAAGAGUCAGCAGAAGGUGACAAAUAAUUCAGAAACUAUGAAAAAUAAAGAAGACCAAAUGAAAAGUUGCUGAGAAUUGGCCGUUCUACGACAAACAGCUAGCUUAAAGGUGAACCACCCCUUUAAAAGGGAGGUUCCCCUUUAAGAUAACUUUUAGUAUGUUAUAGCAUGGCUAAUUCUAAACAACUUUUCAAUUGGUCUUUAUAAUUUUCCGUUAUUUAACUUUUUUUUUUUACUGUUUCCAUCUAAAAAACAAGUGCCUUGAAAGGCAACAAAUGUAUUGUUAUCGAUACUUUUUAUUACUUAUCUUUCUAUUCAGGCCCUCUUAUUAUUUGGAUGGAUGCUGAAAUUGCAAACUGGAAAACUGCUGAAUAGAAAGCUAAAUUAUUUAAAAAAACACAAAUAAAAGAUGAAUACCAAUGGCAAAUUGUCUCAAAAUAUCACACAUUAUGUUUUGGGCUUCCGUACCAGCCCAAGGCAACUACAGCCCUUUAGCAAUAAAGAUCUGUUCCUAUAAAGAUGCCCCAGUAGCUCCCCAUCUUCUUUUCUGCUGAUUCACUGCACAUGCUCUGUGCUGUUGUCACUUACUGAGCUUAGGGACCUACUCACAAUAUACAGUACACAUAGAAUAGAAAUGUCACAAUAUAAGGCUCAUUAAUGCUAAAGAUGUAAUUACUUGUUUUUGCUCAAUCAAAUAGCCACAUGUAAUGAAAGAUUUACAGGACAGAUUAUUUAAAACCCCAAUAUUAUGAAAAUUGUUGUAAUGUGGUAAAAAGUAUAGCCUUGUUAGGCAUCUUGUGAAAAAAAAAUGUUUAUUUCAUGUUUACAGUAGAAGUCACUUCUAUUGCUCAGGGUGGUCGUUUUAAACACACUGUUAGGAGCUCCCACAUGCAAUUAUGUCUAGCAGAAAGACACUUUGUGAAAAGGUGAGAUUAAAACCAUGGUGUUUCUGUGGCAAACUGUAGCCCUUUCAGUACAGCCAAACGUUUCGAACUUCUGUAGUUAUCCGCAACUAAUGGCAUCAUUAUUGUGAACCACUGUUUUUGUGAUUUGUAUAGAAAUGAAGCAGGUGAAACGUGAAACACUGCAAUUUUACUGCAGAUAUUGUUAGUUGUUUUUGCUUUACAUACAUUGUAUAUAAAACAAUAAAGCCUAAAUAUAUUAGGUUAUUGUCAUUUUGCAGAUGAUUGACACAAAAGUAGAUUUAAUGGUUAGCUUUGUGGCUCUGCUUUGAAUAAAUGUAAUUCUGCAUACUA